UUCUAAGGGUUGGAUGUUUCGUGGGAAUCUCCGGCAGACACAGACACUUCCUGAAACACAGCGGUCACAUCAAGUCUGCUCUGUCCCAGAGCUUUAAUGGAAACACAGUUUGAACUGCGUUUGAAUGGGAAAUGGUCCCAUCUGGGCUAAAUGCAGCAGAUGUGCAAUAACGCCAGGCCGGUAAUGACCUAAUCUCAGUCUCGUGAUACCUGCGCAGGUGGACUGACCUCUGGUGACCCUCACACCUGUCCGUCAAGAUCGUCAAAUCUGCACCUAAAGUCAUGGACAAUUCAAAUGACUUCAAGAAGGCGGAGCCCAGAGUCAACGAGAAGAAAUGCUCAUGGGCGUCAUACAUGACUAACUCCCCUACUGUCAUCGUAUUGAUCGGCCUUCCCGCCAGAGGAAAGACAUACAUAUCCAAGAAGCUGACGCGAUACCUCAACUGGAUCGGGGUUCCCACGAAAGUUUUUAACCUGGGCGUUUAUAGACGUGAGGCGGUACAGUCGUACAAGUCUUACGACUUCUUCCGUCACGACAAUAAAGAGGCCAUGAAAAUCAGGAAACAGUGUGCCAUCGUGGCUCUACAGGAUGUGAAAUCUUAUCUGAAUGAGGAGGGAGGGCAGAUCGCUGUUUUUGAUGCCACAAACACAACCAGAGAGAGAAGGAGCCUCAUCCUGAGUUUUGUGAAGGAAAGUGCAUAUAAGGUGUUUUUUGUCGAGUCGCUGUGUGACGACCCAGAAGUCAUUGCUGCCAGCAUACUGGAUGUGAAGGUUUCCAGCCCUGAUUAUCCUGAGAGAGACCGAGAGAGCGUGAUGGAGGAUUUCCUGAAGAGAAUCGAGUGCUAUAAAGUCACAUAUCAGCCGUUAGACCCAGAUGACCAUGACAAGGACCUGUCCUUCAUCCAGGUGAUCAACGUGGGCCAGCGUUUCCUGGUGAACCGUGUUCAGGAUUACAUUCAGAGCAAGAUCGUCUACUACCUCAUGAAUAUUCACGUUCAGAAGCACUCCAUCUACCUGUGCCGCCACGGCGAGAGCCAGCACAACGUCCAGAGCUGCAUCGGAGGAGACUCGGAGCUCUCCAGCAGAGGAAAACAGUUUUCUAAAGCCCUGCGUGGGUUCCUGGAAAACCAGAAUAUCCCAGACCUGAAGGUGUGGACCAGUCAGCUCAGACGCACCAUCCAGACGGCCGAGGAGCUGGGCGUCCCGUACGAGCAGUGGAAAAUCCUCAACGAGAUCGACGCCGGCAUCUGUGAGGAAAUGACAUAUGAAAAGAUAAAAGAAACAUACCCAGAUGAAUAUUCUCUCAGAGACCAGGACAAAUACCACUACAGAUACCCAGGAGGAGAGUCCUAUCAGGAUCUGGUGCAGCGGCUGGAGCCAGUAAUCAUGGAGCUGGAGAGACAAGGCAACGUGCUGGUCAUCUGCCACCAGGCCGUCAUGCGCUGCCUCCUCGCCUACUUCCUGGACAAGAGCGCUGAUGAUUUGCCGUAUCUGAAGUGUCCCCUUCAUGUGGUCCUGAAACUCACCCCAGUGGCUUAUGGCUGUAAAGUUGACAUAUUUAACCUGAAAGUAGAAGCUGUGAACACACACCGGGACAGACCACUCAACGCUAAAGGCUGGCAGAGUGGUCUGUUUUUGCAGUGCAAGUCUGGAGGUGGGAGUUUGCCUGAAAAACACAAACCACAGGGAAGCUCCAGACAGGAAGUGCAGCCCACUCUGCUGAGGAGGAACAGCUUUACGCCACUGUCUAGUGAGGAUCAAGUCAAGCGGCCCCGCCUCUUCAGCGUCGGCAACCCGCCCCGCUUAGCAAGCAUUCCUGCCUCAUCAACCUCACGAUUCCCUGAGGCGCAGGAGAGCGAGGAGCUGAGCGAGAGCCCGGAAACACUGAACUGCUUCGCCCCGUCAGACUCGAAAGACGCCAUCCAAGAGUGACAACAC